AUGGACUGUUACCCACUGCAGGGUCAGCAGUUUGAAACCACGAGCUGCACCCAUCAGAAAGAUGAUGCCUGCUACCCUGUGAAGCGUUGCAGCCUCGGCCACCCACGGGUGCAGUUCUCCCCUGACCUGCAGGGUCACCGUUUCCUGGUUGGCUUGGCCUGUGGAGAAGCAUCAGCACACGGAGACCUGAGCACCCGCUCACUCCCUGUGCUCCAGGUCCCCCGGCCCGCUCUGAGCUCUGUUCUCUCCCUGUGCAGGAUCUCCUACGACCCCACCAGGUUCCCCAAGUACCUGCCUGAAGCCUACUGCCUGUGCCGGGGCUGCCUGACCGGGCCCUUUGGCGAGGAGGACCUGCGCUUCCGCAGCACGCCCGUGCGCAUGCCCACCGUGGUCCUGCGCCGCACGGCCACCUGUGCCGGUGGCCGCUACCUGUACGCCGAGGACUACGUGGCCGUGGCUGUGGGCUGCACCUGCGUCCCUGAGCAGGCCAAGGAUGCCGAGAGCAUCAACUCCAGCCUGGACAAGCAUGGGGUCAAGCUGCUGCUGGGUGCCAGCGACCAGCCCGCCGCCCCCUGAGGCCUCUGGGCCUGGGUCCCUGCAGAGACAACCCCUCAUCCCCGCAAAAUCCCUCCCUGGGCACAGCACUUGUGCAGCCAAGGCCGUGCAGAGGACACAGGCAGAGACCUCGGCUCUGGAGCUGUAGGUGGACUGAUUUGACCCUGGCCGUCUGUGGACCCCUGGGCAGGGCGUUUGCUUGUUUGUUUUUAGAGAGCAAGCGUUAGCCCGAAAAACAGAUGCCGCCCUCACCUGGUGCGCCUGGGCCUGCGCCAUGCGCAAGUAGCUGCUGAAUCUCUUUGGGGAAAGUGGACUCUCUUCCAGGCCGGAGGCCCCCACAGGCCCAGCGGCAGGGUGUGCACAGAGGGUCCCCUGUGGGCUCGGUGACCUUCCGAGAAAGUGGCCGUGUGGCCUUUCUCGGAGUGGCCCAGUAAAGAGACCUUUCAAACAAACAACAAAAUGACAUUUUAAAACAAGUGUAGCAAGGACACCUCCUUUUCCAAGCCAAGGUUUUUAAACGGCGGCAGAAACUUGUUUAUCUCUGCCAUUAAGAGCAACUGUGUUGAAAGGUUUUGCUUAGCAGAGGAACAUUUUAAAAGCAGAUUUCAU